GAAAAGGAAACCGUUGAUGUCGAUUUCGAUUUUAACGAUCCCAAAGAAAUUGAUUUUCAUGGCAUUAAAACUCUACUGCAACAAACUUUUGUCGAGGAAGCAGACAGAGUAGAUGUAUCUGCAUUUUCUGAUUUAAUUAUUUCUCAAAAAUCUGUUGGAUCAACCGUCAAGGCUGAUGGCAAUGUUGAUCCAUAUGCUCUACUUACUGCAAUCAAUAUGACCCACCAUGCUGAACUCGCAUGUGUUCAACAUCUGCGAGAAUAUUUACUGGAGAAAUCCAGAAAAAAUACCAAUGCGCAUGCCACAUUGGAACGUCUGUUUUCCAACAAAAAUGAACACCUUGCCAUCGUUUUCAACGAAAGGCUCAUCAACAUGCCACCUCAAAUCUCCUUGCCCAUGUUUAAAAUGCUUGCCGAAGAGCUAGAAUGGGCUCAGGACGAAGAUCAACCUUUUAAAUUCAGUCAUUUGAUUUUUAUCUCAAAAGUAUACAAGGAGGUGGAAUCUACUCUUGAUAAAGAAAUAUCUACCAUUGAUGAAACAGAAAUUCAGGCAAAUGGAUCCAUGCCAGCCCCUCAAAAAAAGAAAAAGAUGAAAAAGUCGGAAACACCAAUGUUUUAUUUUCAACCAGAAGACGAAUUAAUUGAAAAGUACGCCGAACUAUCCAUUGACUACAAACUCGCACAAAAGCAAUCAACAGAUUCUCGAAGAGCUUUCCAUGAUCUAGGCAUAAUGCCAUCACGUCGUAUUCUUGUAGUAAAGAUGAGCAAAUUUUGCAAUAUUAUC